GUCUCGUAUGACGCUCACAGUUCAGGCCGUGCUUCGCAAGCUGUGUUUACUGGUAAUCUCAGCAGGUUAUGGCUUCUCCCCGAAAGAUAUAUAUUGUAUUGGGAAGUAAGACAUAGUGAUGAUGGCUCUAGCUUCGCAGACAAGAAGACCCUCUGAAGAUCAGAAAUUUCUCAUUAGAAGAACUUCUCAAAAUUCCAUCUGUAGUCCAGUUGUGGAAAGGGUCGAUUUUUGUAGAAAUAAACCCAGGCUGGUUGAACUUGAAAAACAACUAUAUUCCCUGGCAAAUGGUAGUAAGAAUUCACAAAAUGUUUUGAAGACUUGUCAGACCUUGUUAGGUGAGCUGGAGAACACCAAAGAAAUAUUCAAUGUGUUUUGCUCCUGUUGUGGGCUUGACAGAUAUAAAGAACCAAUUAUUGCACAGCUCUUCUAUGACCUUGUCAAUGAGAAGAAUGGUACCUCAUUGCUUACAGAGUUGGAAAUGGCUUGUGACGGAUUAUUGAAAGCACUAACUCAUCUCAGUACUCCAAACACUCUGCAGUUUAAUGUUGUUUCUCUCCUGUAUAACCUAAGCAGGUUAACUGGUCUUCCUUCUUCACACGUGGAGGCUGUUCAGAGCUACUUGGAAGAAAUUGCCAGGGCUUUGUGGCCAUACAGCAAACCUCUUGCUCCAAAUUUAUGGGCCAGUGAAGCAUUUUGUGAUGCUCAGUGUGACAUUCUUAAAGCCUGUGGGAAGUUUCUUGAAGAAAAAUGUCCUGUGAAUACAGAGAGGACAUUCCAGAUGAUCAGUGAUAAGUUAAUUUCUGGAGAGGUUUCAAAGUACUCUAGGUUUCGGCUACUUGAGAUUCGAGAAUUACAAUCAUCUGGUUGGAAGGUUUCUGAGGCAACAAAAAAGUAUUACAAGGAAACAUAUGUAAAGUUUUUUGACCAGCCUCAGAAGAUCCAACCUGAAGCAAUUUCCUCAAGAAAUAAACCAAGAAUGGUCAAUGUGAAAGCAGAGGGCACUGAUCUUAGGAGAAUCAAGCCUGUUGCAGUGCUGAGAAUUAAUGAAUCUGAAUUGCAAAAGUCAUUUGGGGACGUGCAGCAAGAGCUUACAUUACCUCAGGAUUCCAUUCUCAAGGAGAAAGACAAUGAGACUUAUCUCAAAUUAUACUCAAGUGGUGAUGGUGAGAAAUCAGCUAAACAGCCUGUAUCUUUUGAUAGACUUGGGUCCCAUGUUCCUCUUACUAACACUAUUCUUCACAGAGCUCCCUUUCCUUCCAACUCUAGUGAUGGUAGUGAUGAUACUUUUGCCAUAAGUAAGAAAGAGGGCUCUGAGAAGAGAACAGAUGAAGUUCUUCCUGCAAUACAUAGAGGAGAAUUUAGAAAGUCAAGACGUCCCUCAAAGGGUGAUUCAUCGCGAAGCUCAGAUACUGAAAGUUUAGUUACAAAAAUGGCAACUUUGUCAUUGUCGGAUACAGAAGAAAACAUGAUUGAUGAUGACGUGGCCACCAUUGGAAAGGUUUCAUCAGAUUUGAUAAACCCUUUUGAGGUCAAGGACCUGUCUUCUGAGCUAGCUAUUAAUGCUUGUCCAGUCACAUCCAUUGUAUCAGGUCCAGAAGAGCACCAUUCAAACAUUGAUCAGCAGAAUCAAAACACAGAGAGGGGCAGAGAAAACUGGGAAGAAAACACAGUGUUGAGCUCUCACAAAUCCUUGGAAAAUGCAAGUGAUAAUAGUUUAGUUGCUGAGAGUUGGGGAGAAAGAAAUGUAUCUAAAGCAGACAAGUCUCAGAGGGAUGGUAGUAGUCAUUAUACAGUUACUGACAACUGGAAAGAGAGAACACCUCAUUUGAAAGAACCACAAAAUAAUGAUGCCAUUAAGGCAUAUACUGUAAAUUGGAGAGAGGGAAGACUAUCUGACAUUGGCAAAUCACAUGUGGAUGUCUACGGCCAUCAUGCAGUUACAGAAAACUUGAGGGAAGAGCUAUUGGUAGAUUCAAAAGACCCAUUUAGUGGCAACUGGAGAGAAAGUAAAAGGCCAAGUUUAAACAAAUCACAAGGUGUCAGUGAAUGGCAGUCAGUUGUGGGAAAUUGGAGGGAAAGACCAGGCGUGGCUUUUAAAGAACAACAGAACAAUAAUGUUAAAAGUUUGUCUGGGGAAAACUGGAGGGAAGAAAAGCCUGGAAAGCCCACUAACUUUCAGAGCAGUGGUUCUGAUCAGAAAAACUGGCGAGAUAGAAAAUCCAUGAGUUUGGAUGAGUCCAAACAAGAUCUUACCUCUAUGGCUUGUCAACAGACACGGAGAAGUAGCCUGAGUGAUCUACAGCUCGAAAGGCAAAACUCUCAUGAAAAAGGAAAUAAGAGAGGUUUUGGGCUUCCAAAAUCAGAUGGACAACUUGACAAUGCAGAAAGAACUGAGCAUUUAGAGGAAGAGGCUGUUGAGAUUCAAAUGACAGAGGAAGAGAGUCAAGAUUUAAAAGGGUGGCAACUGAGAGAAAUUCAGGUUGAUAUUGGCUGUAGGAUACACACCAACAGAGAAAAGCGUGUUCUUACAAUAACUGGUCACCCUCAGCAGUGCAAGGUUGCCAAAAAGAGAGUGUACAGUGUCAUAGCUUCCCUCCAAGAACAGUUUGGUGCACUUGUUCCUCUGUCAGAUGAGGUUCUUGAGCACCUCCAGUCAGAUGGAUGUAGCAUCCUGGCUGAUAGACUGGCCUUUUUUUCAAUGGCAAGUGUUACAAUGAUUAAUGACACUCAACUGUUUAUAUCUGGUCGUCGUAACUGUGUGAACCAUGCUAAAGCACAGCUGGCUAAGAUCAAGGUUAUGUUGAGGUAUACCGAUGACCCGGACGUAGCACGCCCCAGCCAUAAGGAGGACAGUGGGGAAGAGAAGCAUCAAUUGGUAGAGGAUCUUUUUGCAGCACUAGAGGGAAGAGCAAACGCAACAGGUCAAAGUAAUCACACAGAGCAAGCUUGGGUCAGUGCAGAACGCGCUUCAACUAUAGAAGGCUUAUCCAGAGAAUUUAUACUCAGUUGUGCCCUCUCACCUGUGGCUAGGCAACGCCCUGUUAGUGUCAGCCUGGACAGAACAGAAGACUGGGUCAGGGAUAUCGUCUUGGUCGAAGGAAGAAGAGGAGAGCGGGACGGCCUAAAAGAGCAGACACAGAGAAAAGGGUUUGGAUCUCCUAUGAACAUGAAGAACCUCUAAGAUCAAACUGAAACGAGCACACCCUAAAUAGUAUUCCUACAGAAAGCUGAAUCUUUGCGGGAAGACAGUUGAACAAAAAGUCAUAGUAAAUAAUGUUGUGUUUGAGAGAGAAAUGUCUCCAGAGAAAAAGACUUUAAUAUCAAUUUAAUCUUUUGUUACGUUUUGAAGACGCAUGAGUGAUGUCAACAUGUAAUUUGAAUGAAUCAUUUGUUUUUGUGGUGCUGGAAGGGGUGGAGUGUGGUUAACGACUAAAAGUAUUGUACUGAAUGAAGGACAGGACAUCUUUAAGUUUUGGAAGAUGGCACACUGUUAUAGGGAUGAUGGCGCUUGAUAAUUAUGAAUCGAGAGAAUUAUUGCGCUAAUGAAAGAUUUUUUUUUUCAGAGUUUUCCACAGGUCGAAUAUACAAUGUAUUUAAUUUGCCAAGAUUUCAUUUACUUUGUCCCGUUAUAAUAUCAAUAAAAAUUUAAAUACAACGUUUCUGUUUGUCUUUUAUUUGAAAGUGUUUUAUUUUACUUUUCUUCGGAAUGUUACUGAGACCAAAUUAAGGAAUACCUAGACAGAAGAAGACCAACAAAUUUUAUCAUGUGCGUUUACAUGAACCACACCAGCACCUUCACUCCAAAGAUCCAAAAAUUAAUUUUACUUCCCACCCACCGUCUGCUGCCUUUGAAAGGUGAUACACAAAUCUUAAAUAACUUAGCAACAAUAUCUGAAUUAUUUACCUUUCUUAUUGCCUAGUGAAAUUUACAACAAAAAUACAAAAAUGAAUUUUGUAACAGCUUAAUUUUUAACUUGAGUAUACAAGGGACGAGGAGGGGGCAGAACGCCAUACGAUUUAGAAUGGAAAGGUUAAGAAGCAAGAAACUACCUACAGUUCUCUUGGACCGAAAAAAAAAAUACUACAUGUAAUAGGACUGCAUGCUGUCCAAUUUGGGAGUAACUGGAUAAAUAUAAAAUUCAGAAGAAACCCAAAAUUAGACGAGGCCAUAGGCCGAGUCCAAUCUGGCUGUCUGAGGAAAAAACUGUCCAUUAAUUUGCAUAGUUUGAAGCUAUCCUAAUCAAAUCCUUGACUGCACAAAAACUUAAAGAAUACUAAAUAUACUGACAGUUUCGGAUUAACUUCUAGCUAUACAAUUAAACAAUCAUUGAUUAACUGCGUUUCCUCUCCUACCACAUUGGAAAGCACCCUCUUGAAGGCGGAACGUCACGAUAUAUGGACGAACGAGUUAAUUACGUGGAGAAAACCAAAUAUAUUCUUGCGAGGAAAACAAAUGAAACAGUGAAAGAAAAGAGAAAUGAAUGGAGCAGAUACAAACGGAUUGCAAAUGUCGAGUUUGAGUAAUAACAAAAAAAAAA